CAACUGGUAGCCACAGAGGGAAAUACACAGAAGGGUCAACAUGUCUGUAGAUGGGACUAAGUUAUUGUUUGAGAGCUUCCUGCAGAAAAGAAAAGAUACAAUGAAACUAAGGUGGGUGACAUAUUGGUUCAGGCUUCAAAAUACAACCUUGUUCUUCUAUACGCAGAAGAAUGGCAGCGCUUUACACUUGAGAGGCAAUUACUACAUUUACACAGUGCAGUCAGUGCGAGAAGUCCUGAAAGCUGACAGCAAGCGCUUUAUGUUUGAGAUCAUCAUGACAAAUGGAAAGAGAAAAUUGUUGGCAGCAGAUACAGCAGCACUUAGACAGCAGUGGGUAGGAUACCUGUGGCAAGCCAUGCAUCUUUCUACCUCCAGGGCCUCAGAGUCCAGAAGCUCACACCCUGAAGUGCAUGAGCAUCGAGAGAGAGUAAACAGCAGUGCACCCACCUGCUCACAGAGUAACAGAGUGACGGUGUCGCUGCCCGCUCGGCCCCUCUCUGCCCCUGCCCCUACAGGCCAUAUCCACCAUGAGAUCAGGAGCAAUGCCUUCCCCUUCUACCAGUCCGAGGAGCUGGCUAGUGAGGAGAACUCGUACCAAAAUAUACUCCCAGCCUGUAACUACCAGGAUCACAGUGGUGACACUCCCAGCAUUCCUCAUUGGUCCAGUGAGUUGACAAGUGGAGAGGGACAAGAGGGAGACUAUGACGUUUUACCAGUUAGAAAAACGAUAUGUGAGAGCAACGCUUCAACAGAGAUGGACGAGGAGGACGUGUAUGACUUUCCUCUCUCUAACAGGAGGGCUGAUGAACAUCCGGAGUCCUUGUCAGACCCUACAGAGGACAUUUAUGAUGUACCGAGCUCUCUUCUGAGGAUGACGGAGGAUCCCACAGAGGAGCAGCUGGAGGACGGAGUCUACUGGAGGAUAUGAGGUCCAGUUUGAGCGUGAGGGACUGAAGGGUAGCAGCAGUCCCCUUAUGACUCACCAGUAAACAAUUCUUUAAACAGAAGACUUGUGGUUUGAGUGAGACAGACAGUAUUUAUAAGUGUAAUAAUUAUAUUGUUGUAUUUGUGACAACAUGCACAACCCACGACAACAAGGUUCAACUAUGGUAUUUAUUUUAGCUCCUUCUAUACAAGACUGAGAACCACACUGACAUUUCUAACAUAGAGGACAGGCUGUACAGAAAUGUCUACACAUAUACACAUUGUGGGUCAGUCAAACUAUGAUUCACAAUAGUAAAAUUACUCAUUUACAUGUCACUUACUUCACAGUUAAAAGUAUACACCACCAACAUUGAUAUUGCUGUGUUACACACUUUGGACUGGUUUGAAUGGGAAUGGUUUGAACUUGGUUCUAAAACCCUUUCUGGGUUUAAUAGAAUAUAAAAAAAAA